AUGGCCCGCCAUGGGAAGUUCAAGGCCCGUACCAGGCGGGCACCUGUGGCCAGAGGUAACGCUCUCGACAUCUCGCCUACUUCGAAUGCUAAGUCAAUAUACACAGACCCAGCGCCGCACUUUACGAUGCAGCAAGAAGCCCGUAACACGGAAACACAUGGUCGGUCCUGGACGGAUAGUAAUCUUCGCCACAAAGCCGUGCUCUUCGUCAGUGCAGGGAGAUUAGAGCCGACCCGAGAGGAAGAAGACAACCGGAUUGAAUCCGACUCAGCACGAGAGGAUUCGACACCCGCAGAGGCCGAAAAACAAGCUGAAGAUGGCGACAGCUUGUUCUUCUUCGACACCAAAGGCCAGACUGUCGCCAAUACCGGGCUUCUUAACCCCACCGUACCGUCCAACUUGUCAGAUGCAGAUGACUCCAGCGAGGACGAGGUGGUGUUCACCGGUCGCAGGAAGAACACAAAACCGGUCACCAUCCAAACGUCCCAGAAUGAGAUUGAAAAAUUUGUUCAGAGUGUCUCCCAACCGCUACAAGAAGCACCGGUCGUUGUUCCCGUUCCACGGGAACCCUCACCGAUUCCCAUGCAAAUAGAGCACACGGAACUGCACACGGAGAAACCAGCAUGGCCACCCGAACAGGACACCGAUCCACUGGCUGAUUAUAUCGCCAACAUUGACAAUGAUUACUAUGAGGAAAUCACGGGCAUCAGGCUUGACUCAGGCGAUGAAAUCGACGUCGAGAAGGCUGCAACGCAACUCGAUCUCUCAGCCGCAAGCCCAGCAGGUCCCAAAAGGCAAUCAAACAGAUCAGCAAAUGGUCACGGGGGCGAAAGCGCAGUGGACGGGCUAGCACAUGUGCAAAUUGACACAGAGCAAGACUCGGUGUCUGCAUCGAGCGACGACGACGACGACGAUCUCGCCUUUUCCGGAUCUGACGACGACGCCCUCGAAGAUUUCAUCCUACUCGAAGAUCUAGCUAAGGGAUAUUCUAAGUCCGGCAAGAAGGGCCACCGGUUCGAAAAGCCCUCCUUCCCAUCCGCUUCAGCGUUCGCAGAUGCCCUCGAGGCUGACCCAUAUUUCGGGUUCGACAUUAUGGACUUUGACCGGCCAAGCCUACGAAACAAACCAAAGGGCAAGCAGUCCAUUCCCGAAUUGGAACUGUCCGACAGUGAGUUUGAGGUCGAACUCCAACAGGCAUGGCAGAAUGAUCGGACCAAGAAGAAGCUGCGCAAGAGGGAGCGAGAAGAGCUUCGGGCCCAAGGCAUGCUAGGCCGAAAAGCAGGAAACCCAGACCUGAAGGUCAAAUACUCCAAGGAAAUGAAUAUGGAGCAGUUUAUGACCGAGCUUCGAUCAUUCCUCCUGUCAUCUAAAAACAGCCUGUCCCUACCGCCCAUGACCAAACAGCGCAGGAAGCUCAUACACGAGCUGGCUAAUAAUCUCAACUUGAAAUCACAGUCGCGCGGCCAUGGACUUUCUCGUUUCCCCGUCCUCAACAAGACUGCCCGUACCCCCAGAUACACCCCGAAGACCAUCUCUAACGUGGAUGAGCUGCUAUCAGGAAAGAAGUUCAAUCGGCGAUUGUUCAAGUCAUGGGGCGCAGAGGCGCCCAAGUCUUUCAAAUCAAGCCGUGGGAAAUCUGGUGCCGCCUCUUACAUGGAUGGCGACGUGGUUGGAGCCUCUGCCCCGGAGAUUGGAGCUGAAAACCGAGGACGGGCCAUGCUAGAGAAGAUGGGGUGGAGUACAGGCACUGCUCUGGGAGCGGCCGACAACAAGGGAAUUUUGCAGCCCGUUGCACAGGUUGUCAAGAACUCACGAGCAGGGUUGGGUUAG